GUGAGUUGCCUAGCGAACCCGCCAAGCCACUUCUUCAUUCUUCCUCACAAGGAACACAUAAUCCAGACAAAAUGAGGGAAUGCAUCUCGGUUCACAUCGGUCAAGCCGGCGUGCAGAUCGGCAACGCGUGCUGGGAACUGUACUGCCUGGAGCAUGGCAUCCAACCCGACGGUCAGAUGCCGACUGACAAGACUCUAGGCGGUGGCGACGACUCCUUCAACACCUUUUUCAGCGAGACCGGCGCCGGCAAGCACGUGCCCCGUGCUGUCUUCGUCGACCUGGAACCUACUGUUGUUGACGAGGUGCGUACGGGCACGUACAGGCAGCUGUUCCAUCCGGAGCAGCUGAUAACAGGCAAGGAGGACGCGGCCAACAACUACGCUCGUGGCCACUACACCAUCGGCAAGGAGAUCGUCGACGUCGUACUCGACCGCAUUCGCAAGCUCGCUGAUCAGUGCACCGGGCUACAGGGUUUCCUGGUGUUUCACUCGUUCGGUGGCGGCACCGGCUCAGGCUUCACGUCGCUGCUCAUGGAAAGACUGUCCGUGGACUACGGCAAAAAGUCUAAACUCGAGUUCUCCAUCUACCCAGCACCUCAGGUAUCGACGGCGGUGGUUGAGCCGUACAACUCGAUCCUGACAACGCACACGACGCUGGAGCACUCUGACUGCGCCUUCAUGGUGGACAACGAGGCCAUCUACGACAUCUGCCGCCGCAACCUCGACAUAGAGCGCCCCACGUACACAAAUCUCAACCGCCUCAUCGGACAAAUUGUGUCGUCGAUCACCGCAUCGCUACGUUUUGACGGCGCACUGAACGUGGACCUGACGGAGUUCCAGACCAACCUGGUGCCGUACCCCCGCAUCCACUUCCCUCUCGCGACAUACGCGCCCGUCAUCUCCUCGGAGAAGGCCUACCACGAGCAGCUCACCGUCGCUGAGAUCACCAACGCCUGCUUCGAGCCAGCUAACCAGAUGGUGAAAUGUGACCCGCGUCACGGCAAGUACAUGGCGUGCUGCAUGUUGUACAGAGGAGAUGUGGUACCUAAGGACGUGAACGCAGCCAUCGCCACCAUUAAGACCAAGAGGACUAUCCAGUUCGUCGACUGGUGUCCCACAGGGUUCAAGGUGGGUAUCAACUACCAGCCGCCGACGGUGGUGCCGGGCGGGGACCUGGCCAAGGUGCAGCGCGCCGUCUGCAUGCUGUCCAACACCACCGCCAUCGCGGAGGCAUGGGCCAGACUGGACCACAAGUUCGAUUUGAUGUAUGCGAAGCGCGCGUUCGUGCACUGGUAUGUGGGUGAGGGCAUGGAGGAGGGCGAGUUCUCGGAGGCCCGCGAGGAUCUCGCUGCGCUUGAGAAAGACUACGAGGAGGUCGGCGUCGACUCCACCGAAGGGGAGCUCGACGACGAAAAUGAAUAUUGAACCCCUCAUGUAUAAACUCAAGACAAUAUAUUAUAGCAAUUCCAAUACUAAAGAACUAAUUAUAAUUGCAUUCCAAGACAAAUUAAAAAAAAAUGUUGCGUGAACUUUUUAGUAAUCCAAACUUUUCUACGGCAAAACGGAACGUAGUUAAACUUUCAUUUACAAUGAAAUGACAGAUGUCAUCUUUAA